UGAAGUGACUGUGAUGAGGAUUGAGGAAGCAGAGAAAGUCCACAGUAAGGAGAGGUGGGUGGUAAAAGUUAUAUACUAUGUGAAAAUAUUCAACCUAUAAGUAAAUGAAUUUUUUUUCUCAACCCAAAAACAAAAGCCGCAAAAUAGUUUCCUUCUCAGAGUCUAGAAUCUAGAGCAACCAUGGCGCCCAGAAAGAAACAUGGGAACAACAACACCGUCGGUCCUUCCAAGUCUGGCCUCGACCCUCAACACCAACUCCAAGAUUGCUAUGAAGGAGAACGUCUCGAUCGUCUUCUCCAAUCUCUUCAGAGCAAAAUAGAGUCAGCUAGACUGUUGGAUAAUUCUUUGCCGGAAAAGAUAUGGUUCAAGCUACAAUUUGCAGUAGGGGUGAAUGAUGUGACUCGUGUUCUUGAACGCAUGAAACUAGUGACAUUACCAAUGGAGGCAAGCUUGGCAUCUGAGUGCAAUGCCCCUGCUACUCCUCCGAAAGCUAAAGCAGCAUCGAAUGAGCUGCAGGCGGUGCUGGUAGCUGCCGAUUCCAAUCCGCGGUGGCUCACGAAGCAUCUGCCAAGGUUGGCCCUUUCAAGGAAUGUCCCAUUGAUCUUUCUUAGAGAUAACAAGGGUGCUUCUCUAAGAUUGGGUCAGCUUGUUAAACUUAAAACUGCCAUUGCUAUUGGAGUUAAGGCCAAAGGAAAUGUCAUUAAUCAACUUGUUGACGAAAUUCUUAGCGGCAGCACUCAAGGUCAUCUUGGUACUGAAUGUAUUGAUUCACCUGAACUGCUUCCUGCACCACAAAGGCUAGUUCAGAGAUGAGCUUCUUUAUACAAGGGAAG